AUGGGUGACCGUGUGGGCGUUUCGUUCGAUCUUGUUGGCACUUUAUUGGCCGUUCGGCGGUCGGCCGGCUACCAGUAUGGCUGUGACCUUCUUCGAUUUCUUGCGCGCAAGGGAUUGCAAUUUCCAGCUAUGGAUGAAAGAGACCUUGAGGCAAGCUUCAAACGCAGCAUGAAGUCAGAAAUAUCGAAGUCUCGCAAAGUCUGGAUGGAAAACGGUUUGGGCGAUGGAGAAGAAAUGCCCUUGGGUGGCGUAGCACCUGAAGAAGUAUUAAGUUUUUGGUACCGUGUUGUGGAUGGAACAUUUGACCGGGAGGGAAAUUUUUGUCAUCAAGACGAGGCAAUGAUGUCUGCAGUUGAGGAGGUACGGCAGGGGGAGGACUGGCGCGAGUUUAUCGAAAAUACAUUGCGUCGGUUUUCCACACCGGAACCCUACUGCUGGCUUCCUGAAGCCCUUCCAACACUCCGAGCCCUCAAACAAUGGCGGGAAAACGAUGUUCCCCCUGGAGUUUGCUGUGACCCUCCAACACUUGUUUCAAAUACUGACUCACGGCUGGUCGCAGUAAUUGGUGAAAUGCUGAAGGACCAAGGGGAAACCGACUUACUUGGAGAGCUAUUCUUCGCUGACGCCGUUGGUGCUGCCAAGCCAUCACCCCAGGGAAUUAUAGCCUCCUGCAAGAAGUGUGGUGUAACAUCGAUGCUCCACUGGAUUCAUAUUGGCGAUGAAGAUGAGGAUAGAGUUGCAGCUGCGCGUGCAGGGUGCAAUUUUUUGUUAUGUUCACCAACGAAGGGCCCUGUGUGGAGUGAGCUUCUUGCGAAACUUCAGGAGAUCUGUGACUCCGCACAGUCAGCUGGGCAGAGGCCUUAG